UGACGUACUCCCAGGCGUGUUCUGGCAUUAAAUACCACGUUCUGCAGUCGCUUUCUUCUUUCUGAGCAGCCGAGGAUAUCCCCAGAAGUUGCCCGAAAUGGCCAGCGAGGAGAAUAACGUCCUUUCUCCAGACCACAUUGUUGGUCUUGCAGCUCAAGCUCUCGCCCGGGAGGACGGAGCCCCACCUGGUGGUCUGAAGAGCUCCUACGAAGCAAUCGCUCUCAUCGGCCAUGCGUGCAUGGUUGCUGUCGACUUCAGACUAGUUGGUCUUGGAGAGGAUCACCAUGCAGAAACCCCCUCCGAAAGUCCCCUGCUACCCGCGGAAUGGAAUGAGGGUUCGACGUUUGCUUUCCGCUAUGCCCACUCACAGUCUUCUAUGCAGUAUCUCCUCAAGGUCGGUCGCCUAGGAGACAAAGCGGUGGUCUUUGCCCUCGCGCUAGGUGAUGACAAGACGACCUCGUUUGACCUCCCCGUCCAAGACUACGUCUCCGCAUCCGCCCUUCCUCUCUCCUCCGAGCCGGACCUGAAGAAGAAGCUGGGAGAGGUGUUCAUUUCACAAUCACGACUGGCUGACUUGGUCAGCCUGUUCAAGAUAAAUGUGAUCCAGAAGCUGGCGCCCGGUCUACACAAAGAAGGGUAUGAAGAUACAAGCCAAGUCAUGCCGAAAAGGCCAGAAGCCAGACCGCAGAGAGACCCAUUACGGGAAGACCCUCAACCGGAGCCCGCCAGGCCGUACCCUUUUGAUGAUCCGUUGGCGGCUGGUCCGCGUCGGCCACAACCACCGGGGGAUUUCCCACCGCCAGGGUUUGAAGAUGAGUAUGAAAUCUAUAGGCCCCCACGAGGAUACCCGCAAGAAGGGAACAGAAACCCGUUGAGACUGGGUGAGAGAGAUCUGUAUCCAGCAGGACUCGGUCCCAAUGACCCUUUCCGGGGUACGCUGCCACCAGGUCUCGGUGGGAGCGGUGGUGGCAUGCACCCAACCUUUGAUGACCCGAUGUUCGGAGGCAGCGGUGGCAACAACGGCGGCUAUAACCCUCAGGCCCCCCCAGGUGCUCGAUAUGACCCCGUCGGUCCUGGUGAUGGGCCCCCUUAUGGCCAAGGACGCGGCCCCUUCGGUGGUGGUCGUGGAGGAGGCUUUGGAGGGUUUGGCGGAGGAUUUGGCGGUGACAUCAUCUAGGCGCGGUUAGCUAGCAGUGAGACGAGACACGAGAAACGUU